AUUCAUCUCCCUGACCUUGCUGCUGGAGCUUGUCGCUGUGCCUUUUACCGGGAGGCAUGAAUCCUUUACUCAGGAGGUUGUGGGGUUGCCUGCGGCCCCUGGGGGCCACAGAGACUGCAGGAGCGUUAAACCUGUCAUGGUGUCGGGCACUACACACUGGUAUUCAAAGAUACCAACAAUCUACAGAAACAGUAGGAAAUCAGAGUUCUAAAGACUUCAGCCCAAUUCCACCACUCCCUGGACAGAGUGGCACCUUACGGUGGGGAGGGAAAAAGUUUGAAGAAUUGCCAAUUGUUCACGUGAAAGCUACUUAUAACAACACACACGUUCAGGUAACUAGUUUUGAGAACCAGUCCCUGGUACGUACAUCCUGUGGCACAGAAGGGUUCAGAAAUACAAAGAAAAGUAGUGCCGUGGCAGCUCAGACAGCGGGCAUCUCGGCAGCAGCCAAAGCUAUGAGUAAAGGGGUAACCCAUGUACGUGUUGUUGUAAAAGGCCUGGGACCUGGCAGAAUGGCUGCCAUCAAAGGGUUAACCAUGGGAGGACUAGAAGUGAUUUCAAUUACGGACAACACGCCCAUUCCACACAAUGGGUGCCGACCACGCAAAGCACGCAGAAUGUGAGGACCAGAAGAAAGCGGGUUUUUUUUGCCGGAAUGGAGAGCCCACUUAGACCAUAGAAGCAAGAAUACUGCAUGGAAUCCUCUGAAAUCCGCAUCUUCCUGCCGGUUUUAGAGGCUCAGUAUAGCUGUUGUGCCACUUCCAUGAAGGGGUUAACAUAAGCAGGAAAAAAGGAGAGAUUUAGAGAAGACACAUUUUGGCUUUUAGGAUGCCUCUAAUAAAAUGAAAAUGUCAGAAAA